AUGUCUCAACAAUCUCAAGAAUUACAGAUCACUUCUGCUCCAACCAGAUCUAUCUUAAAUGAUAAAUGGGAUGUAGUGUUAUCCAAUUUUUUGGUUAAGACUAGUUUAGGUUUUGGUGCUGGUGUCCUAGCCUCUGUUAUACUAUUUAAACGUCGUGCCUUCCCUGUUUGGUUAGGUAUCGGUUUCGGUAUCGGUAGAGGUUACUCUGAAGGUGACGCCAUAUUCCGUUCUGCUGCAGGUUUAAGAAAGUCUACUGUUUAA